AACACAGGAAAGGGAAGAGGAGGAGAUUCAUUCUGAAGCGGCGACGCCCUCAGCUGAUCCUCCUCACUGAACUUGUUUUCAUCGAUUUGAUCAGAGUUCAGUUUACUGAUCCGAACCAGAACCGUCCUCCGAGUCCACGGUGAGCUUCUAACCAGGAGGAGGGGGAGGAGCUCCAUGGAAACGGCCCCACCUCUGGACGUGAGCUGGAUGUGAGCUGGACGUCCAGAUCCAGAGGGGAACAUGGGCAACAGCGCGCUGAAGUCUCACCUGGAGACCUCCCAGAAAACGGGAGUGUUUCAGCUGACGGCCAAAGGCCUGCAGGAGUUUCCAGAGGAGCUCCAGAGGCUCACCUCCAACCUGAGAACAGUGGAUCUGUCCGGAAAUAAGAUUGAGAUUCUCCCAGCCUCAGUCGGAAACUUCCUGCAGCUGAAAAGCCUGACGUUGAACUCCAAUAAGCUGACUGGCCUUCCUGCAGAGAUUGGCAAGCUGAAGAAGCUUGAGACCCUGAGCUUGAAUGGGAAUCAGAUCCAGCUGCUGCCCCCCACCGUGGGCCAGCUCAAGGCCCUGAGGACCCUGAACCUGUCCGGGAACCAGUUCACCGAGUUCCCAGCAGGACUGGGAACGCUGAGGCAGCUGGACCUGCUGGAUUUGUCCAGAAACAGGAUUCAGAGCGUCCCAGCAGCGGUCUCAGAGCUGCAGGCUAUCGAGAUCAACCUCAACCAAAACCAGAUCUCAGUGUUGUCAGCAGAAGUGUCUCGCUGUCCCCGUCUCAAAGUUCUGCGUCUGGAGGAGAACUGUCUGGAACUGUCCUCCAUUCCUGAGUCCAUCCUGACUGAGUCCCAGGUGUCCCUGUUCUCCGUGGAGGGAAACCUGUUCGAGGUGAAGAAGCUCCGAGAGCUGGAGGGAUAUGAAAAGUACAUGGAGCGUUUCACUGCCACCAAGAAGAAGUUCGUCUGAAUCCCCGCUACCAUGACGACUCCAGACUUGGUGUCGGUCUGAAACCCACUAUCCCCCUCUCCCCCCUCCUGCACCAGCCGGAGCUUCUUAUUGGUCUGCAGCGAGGUGCUUCCUGCAGCACUCCACACAGACACCGGACCUGCUGAAACACAGAGACGGACGAUGACGGCGAGGCAGGCUCAACACGACCCCCAUGAGAUCCAGAGCGGCUUUUCAACCAGGAUUUGCUUCCAGGCUUUAGUGUUCACAGAGCGACAUGCACCUCCAGAACAGGGACGUUUAAGUGAUGUCACGCACUUUCACAAGUCCAGAGAAGGAAGUUGUAAUGAGAAAGAUGAUCUUGAUACAGAAGAGGAGGAAAAAGAAAAAACAGCAGUUUUUUUUAAUCAGUUUUUCUCUGCAUGUUGUGACUAUGGCCCUGCAGCAGAGCUCAGGAGGCUUCGCUUCACGACUGUUUUUGUCUUGCAUGAGAUCUGGUAGCUUUAUAGUGCAGCUGCUCAGUGGGGCAUCACGUCGUACUUACCCGUUAGCAAAAACAUUAAACCGCUUCUCCCCCCCUCUCAUGCCUUUCAGUUUUAUUUAAUCACCGCCAUCUUUAGCACAUCCCACCAUGUGACCCCGAGAAGCUCCACCCAGCAGUGUGUUCUUCUUUUAGGCAGCUUUUGUGUUGCUUCUUAUUAUCCAGCAGACGUAAACAUGUAAUAUGAGCAAACAGUCGAGCUGGGUUUGAGUCUCUGAACCAGACUUCUUCUGUGAAAGUCAGUGUCGGCUUAGUUCCCCCAACCAUCCAUAAAUUAAUAAUUCCAUAGAUUUCUUCACACGUCUCAUGUAUUUACAUUUGAUAAUCCAGUCAUACAAAGACACUUCGUCAUGUUUUACAAUGAUUUAAAUCUGACUUUAGUUUUGGAGAAUCCCACAUCACAGGUUCCCCGAUGCUGUUGCUUAUUGAACAGAGAUGAUGAAAUAAUGUGAAAAGCAAUGAGGGAAAAACUAUGUGGAGCACAAAAGGCCCAGAUUUGUCCAGAUCAGCGCAAAGUUUUCAUACCCCCUGACAUCUCCACUUCACUGCCUCAACCUUCAGUGCUUUUCAGAAGAAGUGUGAUUGACCAAUCAGCUCACAGCAUGGGGAGAAUGCUGCAGGUCUCCCAGCAGACGGAGCCAUUCACAUCUCUGUUUCAGUCAGUCGAACGGAGAGCAUCUGAAAACGUCAAUUUUCAGGCACUCCACAAAUUCUGUUUGAUUUUGAGCUUCGACUAGGCCAUUCUAGCACAUGCAUGCAGUUUGAUCUAAAGCGGCUCUGACUGCAUGUGAAGGUGAACCUCCUCCCCACUCUGCAGUCUCUGAACAAGUCUUCCUCCAUCCGACCUUCUUCCACAUGUCUGUUGGACGCAGACUGGACUUCCUGUUUCUGUCUCUCAACAAACAAAAUAAAACAAUGUUUUCCUUGUUGCUGUUCACAUUCAUAGCUUGGAAUGUCGUUCUAGAUCCUAACCCUGCUUUUUAACUUCUCCAGAACUUCCUCCCUGAGCUGCUGCUGGGUUGCUGCGUCUCCACGAUGCUGCUCGUUCUCUAAUGCUCUCACACAAACCCAGCAUCUGCAUCCAGACUCAGAUUUUAUUGCACAAAUCUGGACUCUUGUGUACAAUUAGGCGACUUCUGAAGGAAACUGGUUGUGCUGGAAUUUAUUUAAGGACUGAACAGUUCUGCAUGUCUUUUUAGAGUUGCGGUUGUGAAGGACUUUGUGAAACUUGCCACCAUUUUCUUCCGACUCCACAGGUUUGCACUGCUUUCUGUUGGUUCAUUCACAAUAAAACGUAUUAAUGGAACGGAACUAAAAGUGGAAAGGUUGUACGUAAAACGGCCUGAGGAUACUUUUUCAAAGUGUGUUCUUACUUUUUACCAUGACUAUAAGUAACUAAGACACUAAGCAGCUGUUUUCACUUACCGUUAUCGUUUUAAAAUAAUCAACUGAAGUGAUAUUCUGUUAAAGCCAGUCUGAGUCGGUGUUUUGCUCUGUGAUUGUUUAAACUCUGUACUCUGCUGCUGAAACAAGCAGGUGGAGUGAAGGAGUGGCUCUUCAGCAUGUCCAUGGAAAUGCGUUUGUAAUCUUUUUUUUUCUUGUAUUUAAUUAAAGCAGAUGCUUAACAAGUCA